GAUAUGCAAAGUUAUCAUUUAUUCGAGAAAAAAAGCAGUGACACUAGUAUCCAACCAUCAAUCAACGGUAAUUCAUUUGUUUAGGGUUUCGGGAAACUUAUUCUUGCUAACUAAAUGCAUUUGUCUUGGCAACGUUGAGAGACUAUUCAUUGUUGUCUGGAACUUGACUUAUUUUGUCACGAAAAUCGAUAUGCGUUGUACAAAAAGAAAAAGAAAAUCUUGUUUUUACAAUAUAUAGUUGCAUUUCUAUUUUUCUUUUUUUUCCUUUCUCUUUUACUUUUUCGUCUUGCAUUUGAGUUUUAUCAUGGCACAUCCUUAUAGCUUUUAUCAUUUUCAGCAUCCUCAACAACAAUUCAUACCACUUUUUCAAUCACAGCAGCAAUUUAUACCAGGCUCUCAACCGCCUUCAGAUCAACCAUUUCAUUCGCCACCUUAUCAACCACAACCACAUGAACAAUUCUACCAUCAGCCACAACAAAUGAAUCCUGAAGUUAUUCAAGCCAUUUACGAAACUUUCUUGUAUCAGCAACAACAACAAGAAGAAGAAGAAUAUUAUCGUCAACGAUAUCGUCAUCCAGCUAUACCUAAAAGAAAGAGAAGUAAACCACGUAGAUCAAGAUCCACAAGGAGUUUGAACUCGAGAUAUUUGAAUGAGUAUUAUCAGGAAGAAGACCAGUAUUAUCCUGGUGAAGCAGACACAUACUAUCAUACAGGAAAAAAACAUGAACCUCAAGGACAACAUUAUAAUAACGAUACAUGGCGUCUAAAAGUAGAUGGGGAACCAAUGAAUGAACUCGAAAAAUUAGCAGCUGAAAAUGCAAGUAUUAAUGAAAGAGCCAGUAAAGCAUAUUAUCCUCAAGACAUGUCAGCUCAUGAUAUAGCCCCUCAAGCGCCUCCUCAAGUACCUGCACCAACAAGUAGCUCAGAUCCGAGUAUAGAUAUGGCAAAUAUCAUACAUUCAUUAACAGUAGAUGAUGGUUCACCUUGUAUAACAAGUGAUCAGACAUCUUCCCUAGAAAACAAUGUGGCAAUUGUACAACAACAGAAGAAAAAGAAAAGCUGGCUUUUUCGAUUCUUUUACAACAAAAAGCCAACGCCCAAUUAUUUCUUGGCAACAAUGCAACAGAGUAACAGCAUACCUCCUACACCUACUUUGACACCUGAUAAUGGCUCAACAUCAUCGCCUACAUCUUCUUUUUAUCUGAUUGAUCCAUCCUUGUUAGAAGAGGGUGUAUGGGCCUUUCAACUUCCCGAGUCAGCCACUAAAUCAGAAGAAGAUCGUCAGUGGUAUUCAUUCGAAGAACCUAACCAAAAAAUAAUUAGGAAGUAUAUCCAUCGAUUCAAUAGUCCCAAAGGUAUAAAUUGUAGCUUUCAGUUGUUUGAUAAGGGUAUAUGCGGAGGUAACUUACCUGUGCUUGUCACGCCAUUCUAUAAAAAGUGUUAUUUUGCUCGAGACACAAGUUUAAGUGAAAUGGUUACUAUGGACAUAAAUCUGUUUCAAAACGUAUGAAUAAAAAACAAAAAGAUUUUCCUGAU